UUAUCAUUUCUCGCACGAGCGUAGGUCGCAUGCGGAGUAAAAAUCGCACGCCGAUUAUAGGCUAAUCUGACAGCUAGUAGUAAACACAUUCACGCAAAUGUCAAUGAUUAUUGCAAUUUUCGAUCGUAUCGGGUCUCGUAAGAAUUGUUUUCACUGUGGCGGGAAUCCCUUCCAAAACCUGGAGAAGACCACGGUGCUUCAAGAGGCGCGCACGUUCAACAACACGCCGGUGAAUCCGAGGAAAUGCGCUCACAUUCUCACCAAGAUCCUGUAUCUGCUCAAUCAGGGCGAACAGUUGGGCACGACCGAGGCGACGGAGACUUUCUUUGCCAUGACCAAGCUGUUUCAGUCACGUGAUGUCAUAUUGAGACGACUGGUCUACCUGGGCAUCAAGGAACUGAGUUCUUUGGCCGAGGAUGUGAUCAUCGUUACCUCCAGCCUCACGAAAGAUAUGACUGGAAAGGAGGACCUGUACAGGGCCGCUGCAAUCAGAGCACUUUGUACCAUUACCGAUGGCAGUAUGCUAGCUGCCAUUGAACGAUACAUGAAGCAGGCGAUAGUCGAUCGUUCGCCAGCCGUGUCCAGUGCUGCUCUCGUGUCCUCUUUACACCUGACCAGCGUUUGCAGCGACGUUGCAAGGAGAUGGGCGAACGAAGCGCAGGAGGCGUUAAACUCCAACAACGUGAUGGUCCAGUAUCACGCUCUGGGUGUUCUCUAUCAAGCGCGCAAGGCGGACAAGCACGCGGUAAUCAAACUGGUCGCCAAGCUUAUGAAGACGAGCCCGAAGAGCCCUUACGCGGCGUGCAUGCUGAUCAGAAUGGCGUAUAAGUUAUUGGACGAGGUGGACGAGGGCGAGGAACUCAUGGGAUUCAUCGAGUCGUGCCUACGUCAUAAAUCUGAGAUGGUGGUCUACGAGGCAGCGCAUGCCCUGGUCAAUCUGGGACGCAGCGGCGCUCGAGAGAUCACACCAGCGAUAAGCGUUCUGCAGCUGUUCUGCGGCUCGCCGAAACCGGCACUCCGCUUCGCGGCUGUCAGAACCCUGAACAAGGUCGCGAUGUCUCACCCAGCUGCGGUCACGGCGUGCAAUAUGGACCUGGAGAAUUUGAUCACGGACUCGAACAGGUCGAUCGCCACCUUGGCGAUUACCACUCUCCUGAAAACUGGAGCGGAGAGUUCCGUGGAUCGUUUGAUGAAGCAGAUCGCUACCUUCGUGUCGGAGAUCUCGGACGAAUUCAAGGUCGUAGUAGUCCAGGCAAUCAGGGCUCUCUGUCAAAAAUUCCCUCGCAAACAUGCGGUGCUGAUGAACUUCCUCUCCGCCAUGCUGCGAGACGAAGGCGGCCUGGAGUACAAAGCGGCGAUUGCCGAUACCAUCAUAGCCGUGAUGGAGGGCAACGCAGAAGCCAAGGAAGCGGGACUCGCCCACCUCUGCGAAUUUAUCGAGGACUGCGAGCACAUUUCUCUCGCCGUUCGCAUCCUGCAUCUGCUCGGCCAGGAAGGUCCCACGUCGAAACAACCGUCGAGGUACAUUCGCUUCAUCUACAAUCGCGUGAUCCUCGAGAGCGCCAGUGUGCGCGCCGCAGCGGUCACCGCUUUAGCGCGCUUCGCUGCCGCUUGUCCGCCUCUGCUGCCGAACGUGCUGGUGUUGCUGUCGCGCUGCCAGCUGGAUUCCGACGAUGAAGUGCGCGAUCGUGCGGCUUACUACUGCACGAUAUUGCAACAACAGAACGAUCCGACUAUACUGCCCCUGGUGCAACCACCCUUGCUGUCCGUGCCAUCCCUAGAAAGAGCUCUACGAAAUUACAUGCAGACGCCUAUGGAAGAAGCGUUCGACAUUUCUCAGAUACCUCCAGCUCAGACGAUAGAGGAACCAACCCAGGUGGAGGUGCACACUGCGAAACACCCACGUUUGACCCGGGAGGCAAGUUUCAUGGAUAAAUUAUCGCAGAUUCCGCACCUGGCCAUGAUCAUCCAAGACAGUACGCUGCUGAAAUCCUCGCCGGUGUUCGAGCUGACCGAAUCCGAGACGGAGUACAAUGUCAAGUGCAUCAAACACACAUUCCCCGAGCAUCUCAUUCUGCAGUUUGAUUGCAUAAAUACUCUGUCCGAUCAACUUCUCGAAGACGUCGUGGUGUCCGUUGAGCCUGCGGACGGUUACUCCGUCGUGUGCGUGGUACCGUGUCCACGAUUGCCGUACAACGAGCCGGGAACCACCUACACCGUACUCAAAUACCCGGAGGAGAUACACGCGAGCGUCGCCACGAUGCCUACGACUCUGCGUUUCAUGGCGAGGGACUGCGACCCGACAACGGGCAUCCCGGACGCGGAUCAGGGCUACCACGAUGAGUACAUGUUGGAGGAUCUGGAGGUGACUCUAGCCGAUCAAGUACGGGGAUUUGGCAACAGAGGCGUGGACUUCAAUACCGCCUGGGACUUGUGCACUACGAGGGGAUACAUCAAGCUGGAAGAGACAUUCGCCUUGGGGGCCUCGGUGACGUCUCUGGAAGGAGCGAUUCAGAGCCUCACGGGAUUUCUCGGCCUGGAGGCAGUCGAGCGCAGUAACAAGGUGCAGAGCGGCGCGGCCAAUCACAAUCUGCUGCUGAGCGGCGUAUUCCGAGGCGCGAGGGACGUGCUGGCGCGCGCGAGGUUGGCGCUGAGCGGCACGCAAGUCACGAUGAAGCUGACCGUCCUCUGUCAAGAUGCGGAAGUUGCUGACCUGAUAGUCUCGUCUGUAGGAUAAAUAGCAACGGAAUAGAUAUCUAUCCUUCCAUAAAAUAGAUAUCUGAUACAUAUGUAUCCUUCAUUAAUUACUGUAAAAUAAUUGUUAUAUCGUGUAAGAUUAUUACGGAAUUUGUCAAAGAAUAUUGCUCGUAUUAAUAUCAUGCGAUCCUUUCUUAA